CUUUCAUGCCCUUCUCUCUUUCCAUUCCCAUUUUCCCAAUCUAUCAUUUUGAGCUCUACAUUCAUGGUAUCCCUUGCUUCAUUCUAGAUUCUAUAAUCUCUUACGUACAAGUAGCCCUACACUGUAUUUUUGAUACUUAAUUCUCUACAUCACCUUCAUCCCCAAACAACUAUGAAGAGCAUGAGGAGUAUUUUAAAGGCAAGGCUGCUAGAGGAUCAACUUCCACCACCACUAAUGUGGGCAGGGGCGCCGCCUAAAGUAGCAGUGGAUGCAUCAAGUAGCAGUCGUUACACGCAUAGGUCGAUUGAGACACUGGUGGUUGUUCUUGCAGUGAUCACAAUAGCGGGUGUUAUUGCUGGGUUUGUUGCUCGAUUAUGUGGAGGAAGGCAUCUUGGUGACAGUGGUGAGUAUGACAUUGAAGGAUGGGUGGAGAAGAAGUGCAGGAGCUGCAUUGAUAGCGGACUUCCACCACCCCAACCUUCACCACAGCCGAAGCCUCCAGCAACAGAAGAAACGAAGUGAAGCCGGGAAGUAGGAACAUAUGAGCUUGUUAACACAUACCACAUGCAUUCUGCAAAGAAUUAAAGUUAAGAAUCUUAAUGUAAAACCAUAAAUGUUAUGAUGUAAGUUCCAUCUAAUGUGAUAUGACUUGCUUUUCAA